UUAGACCUCUUAAAAACCCCAAAUUCAGCUAAUAGUAAAUUUUAUUUCAUAAGAACAAUAAAAAAAAAUAUAUUUUAUUCAAGAAAUGUCAGCUUGUACACUUAAUACUUAGUUUGCGUUAAUUAUCGUCAGUUUAGCAUCUCCAUUUGGCAAUCAACCAGUAACUUUGCUAUGUACUUAAUGAUUUUAUGGCUCUUUUUUUCCCCUUUCCACUCAAUUUUCCUGUAAUCAGCUUCACUUUUGACAUUUUGAGGUUCACCCUUCUUGUGCAGGGAGGAUUGUAUGGACCAAGUCAACAGACUCCUAAAUUAUUAUGAACUCGCCUUUUAUGAAUUAAAAAAUAUCAUGGAGGCUAAUAUCAGUUAGCCUAUAUUUGAAGUGUGUUUUUAUUAGCUUUAUAACCAAAUAUCAAUGMUUGACAUAAAUCAAUAUGUAGGUUAAAAAAAAAUAAUUUGUUGUAAUAGAUUCCUGAAACAAAUCCAGUUUUUGAACACGUUUUAGAUCAGACCUACCAGGGUACGUAUCUGCUUCCUGUGCGUUUGAAUUGAUGCAUUUGACCUUAUUUUUGAAGCUGCGGCGUUCGUUAACCACGUGCCGUGCGAGCAGCUGACGUCACUGUCACGCUUCCCCAGCAGCAAAUCUGUGCUGCAAGCUGCGCAGCCGCCCUGCGCAUCCGCCAGCUGAGCUGUGGUGGACGGCGCAGCCAUUUCUCUGCUCGUCGCUGGGAAACAAAACCCGCGCGUGGGGGAGYGUCGCCCUGGCGCGCACGCGACCGAGCGGAACGUUCCUCGAGCCGAACGCGGAGGUGGCGGCGUGACUUCCGGCCGAAGAGUGCGUCGCCGAUCAACAACCGCGAUCUCCAAACUUUCUCUCCCGUUGAACGCCUGCGCAGACAAAAACGUGCGCAUACGUUAGUUUUUUUUUCUUCUUCUUUCUUCUUCGUCGCCUUCUUCUUCUUCAUGUCUCAGCAGCCAUGGACGCGAACCUGCAUGGAGGCGGCGCCGACGUCGCAGCAGCGAUGCAUGUGAAAACCGAAGCCGGGGACGAAAGCUCAUCUGCGCUGGGUUUGGGCAGCCGGGAGUCGCCUGCGCCCUGCGGAGAUGCCGCAUGCAGAGCGGGAGGAGGGGCGCAACAGACUGCGGAGGAACUGACUGACACGGAGCUGCAGGCCAACACCUCGGCUCCCUCCGUUCUGCUGUAUCCGGUGAGCACAGACCGGUUCUUUACAUCAUCAGCUGACGGAAAAACAUACCUGAAGAUUGUCCCAGCUGCAGCGCUGCCACCUGCUCCCUCAGACAAGACGCUCUCCUCCGGCUCCGAUUUCUCCUCCAAAGCUGUCCUGUGCCUGAUAGAGGCCGUUGGCCGCCGCUGGGGUCUCUACGAGACGCGGGAGCGCUCGCAGCUCUUCCAGAGCGUSCAGGAAGAGAUGGCCUCAAAGGGCCACGUCCUUCCCGUGGAAAAAAUCCGCCGCAAGUGGAACAACCUCAUUGUCACGUACAAGAGGGUCAAGGACCGCAGCCGGGAGACGGGACAUGCCAAAACAUCCUGGGAAUUCUUUGAUCUCAUGGACGCAACGCUCUGCGAUACUAUUGGCUCGCAGAUCAUUAGCAACAAAAGRAGCAAAGGUAGCAGUACAGCUUCCUCACUGGCCAUUCCUUCAACAAAGAUCCCUGCAAAACCAGCACAACUUCCGCAGCCCACCACCAUCAUCCGUCCCAAUGGGGACUUUGCUGCGACCGGGGGUUUGGAUUCAGCUGGCCUGGGAGCUGCCACCAGCCAAAUCAUGAGUAACACCGCUGCCAGUCCUUCACACACUGCAACAACUGUUACGCUUGUCAGUGCUCCAGAGGUCAAGCCCGUUAUUGUCCUCAAUGGUGACAUUGUCACUACUAGCAUUCAGCCAGSGACCAUCGUACCGUCUCCAUCGUUUAUCUCUUCACCAUGUUUUACUGAAACAGCCUCUGCAUCUUCCGCUCUCAGCUCAACCGGCAGCACAGACCUGGGCUCGUCGGCCUACAAAAGCCGAAAAGGUCCGUCUUUCACGUCGGGCGCCACACCUUUCUGCCUCAGUACGACCCCACUUAGCCACACUCAGAACAUCCUUGGCCUCUCUUCGUUCCCCACAACGUCUUCCUGUCACACCGCUUCCAGUGCUGCUUUGCUAUCUGCACCUGCGAGUGCGGGAACAGAGGGGCAGAACCAGAAAGGAAACAAGGAGCAAGGCAGCAUCGAGUUGUUCCAGGAGGUCCUGAAGCGGCAGGAAGAGCAGGGCUACCUGGAUCGGGUGGCUAGGCGCAGGGUGGAGGCCAGAGAGAAGAGGCGUGAGAGGAGGGAGGUGCGGAUGUCAGAGUCUCUUGGAAGGAUAGCCACGGCCUUGGAGCUGCUCUCCUCCAAGCAGGAUACAGUCAUUGCGCUCCUUCAGAGACUGGCGGAUCGGAAAUGAUGAGUGUAAGACAGAAACAUGGUCAUUUUGAACCUACAGUAGUUUGAAAUUUUCCUUUAUGAAGACUUCUAUAUUGUGAACAAGAACAUUAUCAAGAAGACGUUUCACUCAUCAGAAACCUCAAGAGAUAAAUUUGUGUUUUUAUGGACUUUCAGUUUGUUGCACUUAUACUUCCAGUGAAAAGUUUACAUACACUCGCCAUUGAAGGGAAUUMAUUUUGAGCCUUUAAGGAUGUAUUUGAACCCCAUGAUAAUAUUUGGACAUGCAGUAUGUUCUAUUAGUGAGUUGAACCUAGAAAUCAUCAACUAGCUUCUGGUAUAAUUCUGGUUGGGUGUUGGACCAUUCYUUCUAGCAGAAUCAGUUGAGUUUGUUUGAACUGGUUUGUUUCCUGCAAGCAUCAUCAAACAUUUCCAGUGGGUUUAAUGGUUAAGGCUAAAUGAGUAAAUAUUCCACAACCAGUUUUGGUGUGUGUUUGGGAUCAAUGUACUGCUGGAGCGCACGAUUGUGUCCAAACUUUAACCAUGUGACCCUCAGCGUCAACAAACUCAAUGAACUGAGAGGGUGUUGGCCAAGAAACAAACCCCAGCUAUUGAAUGGUCAUCUUCAAGCUUGAUGGAAAUAUCAAGUUGCCCACCAGUACAAUCCAAAUGCCUUCUGGAGAACUGUUAAAUUGUCAGUUGUGACAAAGAUUUAGCUGUUUGUCAAAAAUUUWGAAUAUURUAUAGAAAGAUCAGGCAUCAUGGUGAUGGCAGCAAACUGAGGGUUUGUUUGGCUUCCAGUUGUAAAAAAUGGAUAAAACUUAGACACAGUUGAAUGUUCCAACAGGAUGAUGAUCCCAACACACCAAAACUUAGCACUACGCAAAUGUAUUGGCACUAACCUCUUCCAUAUUAGAAAUUGUGAUCUAUUCUUUAAACCCCCAUAAAAAGCAAUCUAUUUAAACAAACUCGGCUAGUUGUUGACCAUCCAGCCCAGAAUAUGACAGAAGAUUCUAGAUAACUGGAGAAAGUGGAUAGUUUCUCUGCUACUGGCAUUUCAUAGAGACGUAAUUAUAUAUUUAAGAUUUUAUGUAUAUUUUUUACUCUGUGAACUAGAAAAAAAUCUGCAAUAAAUUCUAACUU